GUUGUAGAGACAACGUAAAUCCCUGACUGCACGAGAUAUGAGGACAUCAGUUGCCCUCCUGCUUUACUGUCUGCUGCUUCUAAAUGUACAAGGCAUGAUGAUUGUUUCCAGGGGUAGGUGCCUGUGCAUUGGUCCAGGAGUAAAUUUCAUCAGACCGAGAAGCAUUAAGACAAUUGAAGUCUACUUUCCUAGCACCUUCUGUGAGAAGAUGGAAGUAAUUGUCACCCUCAAGAAUAAGAAAGUGCAGAAGUGCUUGAACCCAGACUCUGAAUUUGCCAAGAACUUCAUCAGGAAUACGCAGAGGAGUAAAAGGAGACUGAAGACAACUGAGUCAUGAAGUCGUGUGAGACUUGCAGUCACGUUAACAAAAACAGCUCCUCCAACGCC